CCCCUUAGCCCGCAGCCAGAGCGAGCGGAGCGUCGGCUAGCUCCAGCGGGCGCGGGAGCACAGCGCAAAGCAGUCCUAUCCGUCCGCAGAGCGGACCGAGCUGGAAGCCGAGCGCUGCCGCGGAAGGCGGGCAACGGAGGCAGGUGCUGCUGGCCGCGCCAUGGACGGGCCGCGCCUGCUGCUGCUGCCGCUGCUGCUACUGGGGGUGUCCCUCGGAGGUGCCAAGGAAGCAUGCCCCACGGGUCUGUACACCCACAGUGGCGAGUGCUGCAAAGCCUGCAACCUGGGCGAGGGCGUGGCCCAGCCCUGCGGAGCCAAUCAGACCGUGUGUGAGCCCUGCCUGGACAGCGUGACGUUCUCCGACGUGGUGAGUGCCACCGAGCCGUGCAAGCCUUGCACCGAGUGCGUGGGCCUGCAGAGCAUGUCGGCGCCCUGCGUGGAGGCGGACGACGCCGUGUGCCGCUGUGCCUACGGCUACUACCAGGACGAGACGACUGGACGCUGCGAGGCGUGCCGCGUGUGUGAGGCGGGCUCGGGCCUGGUGUUCUCGUGCCAGGACAAGCAGAACACGGUGUGUGAGGAGUGCCCCGACGGCACCUACUCUGACGAGGCCAACCACGUGGACCCGUGCCUGCCGUGCACCGUGUGCGAGGACACCGAGCGCCAGCUGCGCGAGUGCUCGCGCUGGGCCGAUGCUGAGUGCGAGGCCAUCCCUGGCCGUUGGACGACACGAUCCCCAGCCCCAGAGGGCUCGGACAGCAUGGCCCCCAGCACGCAGGUGCCCGAGGGACCUCCAGAACAAGAGCUGCCGGCCAGCACGGCGGCAGACGUGGUGACCACAGUGAUGGGCAGCUCCCAGCCCGUGGCGACCCGGGGCACCGCUGACAGCCUCAUCCCAGUCUACUGCUCCAUUCUGGCGGCUGUGGUUGUGGGCCUUGUGGCCUACAUCGCCUUCAAGAGGUGGAACAGCUGUAAGCAGAACAAGCAAGGAGCCGACAGCCGCCCGGUGAACCAGACGCCCCCGCCCGAGGGAGAAAAACUCCAUAGUGACAGCGGCAUCUCUGUGGACAGCCAGAGCCUGCAUGACCAGCAGCCCCACACACAGACGGCCUCGGGCCAGGCCCUGAAGGGCGACGGGGGCCUCUACAGCAGCCUGCCCCCUGCCAAGCGCGAGGAGGUGGAGAAGCUGCUGAACGGCUCCGCGGGGGACACCUGGCGGCACCUGGCGGGCGAGCUGGGCUACCAGCCGGAACACAUAGACUCCUUCACCCACGAGGCCUGCCCCGCCCGCGCCCUGCUGGCCAGCUGGGCCGCCCAGGACAGCGCCACGCUCGACGCCCUCUUGGCCGCACUGCGCCGCAUCCAGCGAGCUGACAUCGUCGAGAGCCUGUGCAGCGAGUCCACGGCCACGUCCCCGGUGUGAGCCUCUAACCUGGGGAGCCCCUGCCCUGCCCCCACAUGCCGAUGACAGAUGCUCCAGCCAGCCCUCAGGGGCCCGUCCCCCUGGUGGGGGGGGGGCGGCCACCAGAGCUGAGCUCCCCUGGGCAGGGCCUCAGAGGCCGGGCCCCCAGACCACAGCCCUGCUACUUCCCUUGUGUGGCCCCUUGUUUCUGAUCCCACUCCCUGUGCAGCGGGAGAAGCAUCUCCUCGCUGCUGCCUGCCCCACCCCGUGUCAUCCCGGGCCACCUCUCCCCUUCUCCCCACACUGCUGGUGUCAUUUCUGAGGGCUGACACCAGGAAUGCCUUGGGGGGAGGGUGGUUGGUGACAAGGUCCCGAGACUGAGAAGGAGGUACUGAGGAACAGAGCCAUGGACUCUACACUGUGAACCUGGGGCCGAGGGAGCGUGGCUCGAAGGGGCCCAAGCCUCCCUCCGUCCCCGCUCCGCCCCUCCGCCGAAGCUGGAGAGGAGCAGAGGCCUGAGUGGCAAAGGGGUUUGAAAACCCAGUCCACCCAGUCUGCAGGGCCCAGAGAGAGGCUGUGAUUUGCCCAAAGCUGCCCACAGUGGAGAGGUCCAUCGUGGGCUGGUGCCUUCCUCCUCGUGUGAGGGCUGGGGAGGAGGGCAAGGUGCCCUCUGAGGCGAUGCCACCCUCCACCACCAUCUCCAGGCCCCUGCAGAGGCCGGAUGCUUGCCCAAGUCCUGCUCCAUCCAUCCGUUAUGAUGGGGUCAGGUUUGGGGUUUGGGCAAAGGGGCGCUGCUUCGCUCUGCCUGUCCCCUUCUGUUGGACACGUCAGUGUGACACCUGUGGCCCCAGUCUGUGGGUGUCCUCUUGUCCCAGCACUGACCUGGAGCCAACACUGGCCCCUAGAAUCAGCCCUAGGGGUCAGGGACUAAGGACCCUUCCACUCAAUCUUGCAAAACACACGCACACACACACACACACACACAGGAUGAGAAACCUUGCUUUUCUUCAUGAGGUCCUUCUCGGGGGCUGCCCAGGACAGCCGCCAGGGAAGCAUGGGAGGGAACCGAGCUCUCCGCCGGCCGGCCGCCCUCACCCCCCGGGUUUGGCAGGCCAGGGACUGCUGGGGCUUGAGCCGGAGGCGGCUGUCUGUGCUCCGAGGACCUGCACGUGGAGGAAUGCUGCCCCCCCUCUCCCCUCCCCUGCAGGCAUGAGUCUGGCUGGGCCCACAAGGCUGAAGAAGCCCAGGCCAGUGUGGGAAGGCAGCAGGAAGGGGCGGAGUUGGACACGUGGCACGGAGCAGGUUCCGGCCAUCGCUAGGGCAGCUUCAAAGGACUGCUUUUCCCUUAGCUUGGCCUGAGAGGGACCGGGAGGGCUUGGUGGCAACGCCACCUUCCCCCAGCCUGGUCUGUUUUGCUUGAUGUUGGAAUGAGUGUGGCUCCCCCUGUAUUUAGCAUGAAGGAGCUCCGGGCAGGGCGUGCACGCGCCCUGCACAAGGGCCCAGCAGCAUUGUAUGUAGAUGGCAUUUCUUUGACCUCAACCUAGGAUGAGAGGAGGAGACGCACCUGCUGGCCCCUCCCCUGUGCACCUGGGGAGUGGGACAGAGCGUGAGUCUAUUUAUUUUCCUCCCCAGCACGUGGGGCGCGGGUUGGUGGGGGCUGCAAGUAUGUCUGAGCAUGUGUUCUGUUCUGGGGCCCCUCCCGCCUCCCUUUGGGCUGAGACGGAACCCUCUCAGCUCUCCAACUGGGGGCUGCAAGCUCCAGACCCCUGGGCCCCUCCCCAAACCCCCUCCCUUGCAUCCUGUGUAAUCAUUUCUUGGGCCCUCCUGAAACCUACACAUAAAACAUAAGUGAUGAACAUUAAAUAGCAAAGAAAGACAAA